AUGAUCCCUUACAGCAAGGCCUUCCAGGAGGUCAGCCCAACUGAAGUGCCACUGCUUGCUGCCGCGAUGAACUCAUCCACCAGCGAGUUUCUGGAGUCCGUUUCCAAAGUUACGGCAGCUUUGGAGGAACAAGGAGGACAAGCAGUGAACUUCAGUGCCAUGUUUGAGAUCAUGCAGAAUGAGAGUUUCCAGAUGACCGACGCGCCAGCCCUGAUGGUCCGGACCUUCCCCAAGAUGCCAACGAAGGAAGUUGCAUCCACCAUGGAGACAGUUGCUGCGACAAUGGCAGCGGUGCCCGCAUGUGAGGACCCUCGGUCUCUGGCUUGCGGCAAAGGCUUGUUGGCCAAAUUGCUGCCAACAGCUGAAGCUCAAGUUGAAAAGCUCACGGCGCUGCUUGGAAAGCUGGAGCAGCAUGCGCUUGGCACAGGACUCUUGCAAGUUGCAGAUGAGGGUGUCGGAGAUUUUCUGAGGUGCUGGGUGGGGAAGGCGAUAGCCAUCCUGACCUUUCAGUACUUCCUGGUGUUCUCGGUCUUCUUCUUUGCCUUGUGGAUGCCUGUCAUCCCCAUCAUGGUGGCUCUGGUGUCCUUUUGGAGCUUCUUGCUGCCCUGCGGGCUUUACCUUCUUCCGAAGGUCAUCCUGGAGGCAGUCGGACUUGGAGCCGGCCCUCAUGCUGUGCAGGCGCUCUGA